CUGCCCCCCCGUUUGCGCUCGGAGGCGGGGCCUCGGCUCCCGGGCCCUCGGCGCUCCGUCGCUCGGAGGGGUCCCGGUUCUACGAGCCAGGUAGGGCCGGGGCCGGCGGGGCCCCCGAGGUGUGGCGCACUUCCGGGUUGCUGGCCGCGCAGCGGGGAGGGGCGGGGCCUCCGAGGAUCGCGCUCAGCCCGAGUUCGAAGCCCGGCUGUGCCCUUUCGCGUCCCCAGGCCUGGCCCGUGCCUGGGGGCCUGCCGGGUUGGGGUGAACCCUGUGCGCACCUUGAGCCCAGUCAGCCCAGGCCAGCCACCAUGGCGUUCUCGCAGAUGCGGGGCAAGCGGCGUGGUGACGAGGGCCUGGGGGGUGCCGUGGAUUUCCUCCUGGCCAAUGCCCGCCUGGUGCUGGGGGUGGGCGCUGCUGCUGUGCUGGGCAUCGCCACGCUGGCUGUGAAGCGGCUCAUCGACAGGGCCGCCGGCCCCCGAGAUGAGGAUGAUGCCAAGGGGGACAGCUGGAAGGAGCUGAACCUGCUCAAGGCUGUGCCGCCGCAGCCCCAGCCCCCGCCCGCUGCCCGCAGCCUGCCCGAGACUCGCCUGGCCCCCUGUCCAUCUGCCCCAGAGGGACUGUCGGAUGCUGGUCCUCGUGCGCCCAGCCCCCCGGCCCGGCUAUGCCUGACCCUGCAGGAGCGACUGCUGGCCUUCGAGCGGACCCAUGUGGCCAUCCCGGAGGCCCAGGUGGCCCUGGCCAAGCAGCUGGCUGGUGACAUCGCCCUGGAGCUGCAGGCCUACCUGCGGAACAAAUUUCCAGAACUGCCCUUCGGGGCCCUGGUGCCUGGCGGGCCACUGUAUGACGGGCUGCAGGCAGGGGCGGCUGAGCGUGUGCGCCUCUCAGUGCCUCUGGCGCUGGAGCCGGGUCUCUGGAGCCUGGUGCCUGGUGCUGACACGGUGGCCCGGGACCCCCGCUGUUGGGCCGUGCGCAGGACUGGGCUGGAGUUCAGCCCCCGGGGCAGCAGUCCCUGGGACCGCUUCCUCGUGGGGGGCUACCUGUCCUCCCGGCCGCUGCUGCAGCUGCUGCACAAGGCGCUGACGGCCUCCGUCAACUGGCCGGCCAUUGGCAGUCUCCUGGGCUGUGCCAUCCGGCCCUGCGUGGCCUCGGAGGAGCUGCUGCUGGAGCUGCAGCACGAGUGCCUGGAGCUCACCGUGGCCGUGCUCCCGUCUGUCACUGACGCCGACUGCCUCCUCCUGGCCUGGCCGCUUGAAGGCCUGGCCAGCAACCUCUGGCUGCAGGACCUGUAUCCACUGGAAGCUGCUAGGCUGCGGGCCCUGGACGGCCGUGAUGCCGGCUCUCGGCGGCGGCUGCUGCUGCUGCUGUGUGCUGUCUGCCGUGGCCACCCAGUGCUGUCUCGCCUGGGCCUGGGGCCCCUGACACAGGUGGUGCUGCGGGUCGGGGAGGAGGCCAUGGACUGGGCCGAGGAGGCCCUGGGGGAGCGCUUUUUGCAGGCCCUGGAGCUGUUGCUGUGUGGGCUGGAGCAGGCCAGCCUGCCCUGUCACUUCAGCCCUGCCGUGGACAUGCUGGGUGGCUUGCGGGAGCAGGACAUCGACGACCUGGGCUAUGCACUGUACAGGGGCCUGCAGGCACCUGAGACGCUGCUCUAGCCCCGUGGGCGGGUGGGGGAUGUGCGGUGGGCUUGGUUUUUGCUUGCUUUUAGCCGUAACAGGCAGGCCCCGGGCUGUGGCUCAGUGUCAGUUAACCAAGCACGGCUUGGCAGGGCACCUGCCAUGAUCACCAGCAGCGAGUGCAGGGACAAUGGGGCUGGGC